GAACAGACCUCUGGAACGAAUUAAGUACUUAACCUGAGGUACCACUGUAACAGAAAAACAAGGCAAGGGGCAAUAACAGUUGUUGGUCACCUUGCUAUAUACGAUUGUUUGAGGGGCUCUGGAUCUUGUUUGCAUUACCAGGAAGUAGCUGGGAUGAAACCAGCUACAGGGUUAGUCCCUUAAUUAGCCGCUUGGCUGACACACCGGCUUGAUUGCCAUGGAACUUCCAGCCUCCUAGAAUUCCAAGCGGACAAGUUAGGGCAGAGGCAGAAAUACGAGAACAGAAUCCGGCAGUUCAGAAUGAAGAACCCACUGGAAGGCUGCACAUAUGACAGGGCAUAUCAAGAUCUGAAAAGAUUUUCCAAAAAUGGAGAUAAUUUCUGCAAGCAACUCAUGUCUAUUCUUCAGCAGAGGGCUGAUUUGGAGAUCACAUAUGGCAAAGGGCUGGAUAAACUGGCCCACAAGCUCACCAAAGCGUUGGGCAAAAUGAAGGUCAGUUAUAUUUGCAGUGCCUGGCAAUGUGUUUCUGAAGGGAUGAAGUCUGCCUCCGAUUUGCACAAGAAACUUGGCAAAGCCAUUCAGGUGGAAGCUAUAAGUCCAACAAAUCACGUCCUGGAGGAGCAUGAGAAGAGGAAAAAAGCACUAGAUAAUACAGUUGCGAAGGCAGCGGACCUGGUGACCGGCAACUGGCGCCAACAAAUAAAGGCCAAGAAGAAAUUAAAGGAGCUAACCAAGAACCACGAAGCGCUCUUCCGCGAAACAGAGAGCUCCCAAGCGUUGGCUUCGCCAAAGACCAAAAGGAAGUUGCUCAGAAACCUGGAAAAAUCUGCGACGAAACUGGGAAAGGACGAUGAAGAUUACUAUGACAAGAAUCUAGCCGCCUGUAAAACUAGGUUGAAAUGGGAAAGCACUUUAGAAAAUUGCCACCAGAGCAUCCUAGAACUCGAAAAGGAGCGACUGCAUCUUCUGUGCAAUACAUUAAAUUGUUACAGCCAGCAUCUUUCCAGUUUGGCACAGAACCUAAUUGCGUGCCACACAAGGCUUCAUAAUGCGGUCAGUGAAGUUGAUGCACACAAGGACACACAGAUGUUAGGAGAAGAAAUGUCCAUGCCUGCUACAGAGACCAAGCUGGAGCUGUUAUUAACAGACUAUUAUGAGGAAGACGCUACGAGCCUCAUCGAAAAAGAGAGGAGACAGGCUUCCAUCAAAGCCAAAGUACUACGUGUUCAAAAGGACUUGGAGAAGGCGUUACAAGACAAAGCAGGCCUGGAACGAAUGCUUAACGCUUAUACGGAAUCUCCACAGUUCUCAGAUGCAAAGAAUCAGAAUGAUAUCACUGAGCAGCUUGAUGAGACAUCUCUGAAAGUUAUCCUUCUGCAUGCAAACCACUUCAAGCUGGCGACUGUGCUUGCAGAAAUUGAGCAGAUGCCCAAACCAGUCGAACCCAGGAACUGCAUUUCAAAAUGGAAGGAAAAGGACUGUGUGCAUCACUCUGUGGCAAUCACCCGCCCUGUUAAGAAGAAACAUUUUAAGCAAACUUUGAGCACAGGGGCCACCAGUGAAGAAGGAAUUAACAGGAGUUGUCCACCAGUAGCUGUUAGCAAUGAGAAUGGUGAUUCCGUGUAUGGAACUUGUACAGCUUUAUAUGAUUACCACGCUGAAAGGGAGGACGAGCUCUGCUUGAAUAAAGGUGAUGUGAUUGAAAUUCACCAGAAGGAAGAGGAUGGAUGGUGGUAUGGCUCUCUCAAUGGGAAAACAGGUAUUUUCCCUGCUACAUAUGUGGAAGAAUUAAUUCCCUCUACCACCAGGAGCCUCAAUGAAGAUGACGAAACGUCUUUUUAAACUGAAAAACCACAACUGGAACAGACUGCAAAUGCAACUAACAAUAUGGAUUUAUUCACUUUGACAAGACAUCAAUUCAAGCUUCUCUAAGUGCCUGCUCUUUCUUUGUUUAGAACUUUUUCAUGUUCUAAAUAAAAUAUUGAAAGGCAUUAUAUAAAACUCAACUUUCAUUCGUUAAAUUAUUGUCAUUAUCGUAAAUAAUUAAAAACAAUUGUAAUACCAAA